UAUUUAUUUAUUAUUUUAUUUUAUUGUAUUCGGAAAACUUACAGCUAUCUUAAACUAGUUAACAUUUAAUAUGAUGCAACUAAGAGCCAUUUAAUAGUUAAAAUACAUAGAGGUACCUAUAUUCUACCUAUGUAGGUAGGAGGGAGGUGCCGAUGUUAAUAAAGUCUAAUCAUUUCUAGUAUUUAAUCUUAAUUAUGUUAGAGACGCUAAUUUUUUAAAACACAUAAAUAGAACUACCUGAUCACAUACACUGAGCACUGUGUAUUGAAUCGCCAGAGUCUAACUUAAACAUAAGAAGUUAAUUAAUAUUUUCAAAAUGAAAUUUAUCGUAACAUUCGUUUUCCUAAGUUUUGUUGUACUCGUAUCCACAUACAUUAUCGACGAGGCUCCUUUUCAAGAUGAUGAAAUUAAAGAACUUAAUGGAAAAAACAGCUCCGAAUCAGAAGAAGGCGAAAAAGUUAUAAUCGACAAAAGAAGUGAUGACGAAAUGUUCAUUGCAGCAGAGAGCGACAAUGAAUACGUUUACAAACCACUGUUCACCUACAGAAGAAUCGAACAUACCAAAAGAAGGAUUAAUAUGUAUAACGCAUUUGCAGGUUAAAAACUGGAUAGUCCGAUGCCUUAAAAUGCAGAAAGUAAUUUUAUUUGUGUUUUAUUUGGCGUCUAUAACUUCAGCGAAUAUUUCACCCAUACGCGAUUUUACAAUUAAACUGAACUCUUAUAAAUAUGACGACAGUUUGCCCAUGAAUUCUCCACAUAAAGUUAUUCAACAUUUAGACAACACGAUACAAAAAGCCACCAAAAAUGUGACACAGAACCCCGAAAUGGACGAAACUUUGUUGAAAAUGUCUAAAGAUUUAGUUUCUGCAAUUUUGUCUAAAUUAGAAAUUCAAGACAAAAUAACAAGGAUGACCAAAGAAGGUUUAGAUGCAUCGGGGAAAAAUAAGGGAAUAACUGCAAUAGAAACCAGGAGGAUCUUGGACUAUAUCUCGAAGACUUUGUCGGGUCAUAUUCUAUCGAUAACAAGAUCAUCCACCGAACCAGAGCUGCAUCGGCUCGUGUAUGGGUUGGCACAGAUAGCUGCUGAAGUAUCAAUAAUUGCUGCUUUAAAAGACAGCACCUACUCUACGGCCCUCACUAAGAAGCAAUCAGGAGAUUUAUAUUUACGUAAAAAAAGAUCCACCGAACUGAAAGAGACUGUAAAUGUGGCAUCCCAUACACCAAUAACUACACCUGCCGUUUACGAUGUUAUAUUGAAUCAUACCAACCCAAAAGUGUCGAAAGUAAAAACCAAAACUACUAAAUCAAAGAAAGCUCCACAAACAAUACCUGUGCCGAGUGGACCGUACUCUGUAGUUUAUAAAUCAUCACCUUUGCACGUAAUUAGUACAAACCCUCAACCAACUCCUAUUCUCAAAGGAUUUCUUAACCAAACAGUUCUAGACAAUGAAGCUAACAAAGGGAAAGUCAACGAAAGUGACGUAAUGUACGUAGAAAAUAAAUUCAAUGGUUCUAACACGUUUGUAACCGAAUUCGAUACCGCUGAAAAUGCAGAAAUAUCUGAUGACUGGCUCAAUAGUAAAUCGUCUCCAUAUAAAUCACCUUCAAGUUCUGAUAUUGUAGCUGAAAUGGAAUUGGAUCAGCCCGAGUUUGAAGAGGAAAAUAAUGAAAAGAAAAAUAAACAAAGACUAGAUAAACUAGAGAGCAAAGCGAAAAAAGCUAUUUUGUAUGCCGGUGACAUAGCUUAUUUAACGGCUUCAAGUGUUGUAGCCAUGAGGAGAGCACUGACUGCUUCUUUUGAAGUGCAGAUGUCCGUAAAUUAUGCCAAAAAUGGUUUGUCCAAUCACCAAGAGCUGAUGAUGAAUCUAGCAAGAACUGCCGCACAGCAAGCGGGGAAAGAGGCAAGAAUGGCCGCUUCAAAGUCUGUGGCUUGCGAACGAGUAAUCAAACUAGCCUUGAAACACACUGCACAGUCGUUUGGAGCGCCUUUGAAUAAUGUCGCUAAUAGAAUUGUAAUGGACACGAUAUCCUUGGGAACCCUGGCAAGAACUAUGGCGUAUGUGUCUUCUGAAAUUGCUAUCAACUCUUUGUAUCAAGCUACAGAUGUUAAACCGCCAGUUGAAUGACAUACUUACAAACUCGAAUGCCAAAAAUAAUCUCACUUCUUAUUACUGUAAAGCUAAGUAAAGAAGAUAUCUAUUACAUCUAGAGUUGAAAUAAAAUCACAUUAUGUAGUA